AUGGGCAGAUUCGGCUGGGACCAUCCUCUUUCGAGGCAAACAACCCUCCAGCAGUCAAUGCAGUAUGUGGAUUUCUGGGCCGACGUUUACAUGAGCACUCGAGAUGAAAGAGAGACAAUCGAUGCCAAAAUCCUGACUCUUCGGGAAGAAGUGGAUGAGGCACAUAUGCUUGCCGAACAAAAAAUCUACAUUGGGAUCACUUACUGUGAUGCGCUUUCGGAAGCCAACCGUCUGGACGUUCGACGCACCCGUUUGAAUAGCUUUUUUCACUUUUUCCGCGACCCAGAUAACUUCCUGGACGGGCCACGCAACCCACUGGGUAGAAUGUUGGAGCAUGUUGGUCUCGAAUUGGAGAACAUCCCCGUUCGAGAGGGUUAUUAUGCGAGCCUGCGGUUCCUUCGUGAAGUCAUGCUCGAAGUCAAAGCCCGGGAUCCCAAAUACGAAGUCCAAUUUGGGAAACCAUACAAUCUUCUGGGAGCUUUUGAGUACAUCACAGAGGAUGAAGAUGAAUUUAACGAGCAACGUCGCCAACGCGAGGCCACCAAAAAGGCACAGGCUUCCAAAAAGACCACCAAUGCCAAGGCAGGAAAGUCCAGGCCUACUCCAAAGGAUACCGCGCAACUCAAGGCUUCCGGCAACGGUCAAGGAUCAUCGGGCACAAACCGUGACAAGGAAAUUACACCCCCAAAGCCCAGUGUCUGGGAUAGGCCACUGAGAGAUGAUGAAUGGAGCAUUUCCGACUCACUCACGGUGGAGGAAUUCUGGCAUUCGUGCGGCAUUGAUCCUUCCAAAUUCAAUGCCGGCAAGGCAGACGCCAGCACGUCAACUACUGGAAUUUCUUCUCCUGCAGCCGAUACGGAGCAAGCUUGCGACAAUCUUACGGCUCUGACAAUUGGUUCGGAAUCUGACUCGAAACUUAACAGCUGUACCAGCUGCAUGGAGGAUGUGAUCGGUCGAGAUAUGGUUUGGAGCGCAUGUGACCACCCGUACUGUGCCAAAUGUGCUCUCUACAUGUUGGAAGAGUCCUUCAAGAAGGGCAUAAUCUUCCCUCCACGUUGCUGCGAUGGGUUUCUACUCUUUGAGACUAAAAAGCAUCUGUUUAGUACUGAGAUCUGGGCCCGAUUCGAGCUGGAAACAACCAAGUCAAACGACCCGUCGCCUCUUUAUUGUUAUGAUCCCCGAUGCUCGGCUUACAUUCCACCGGAACGCCGCGGUGCAUGCCAAAACUGCACCAAAAAGACCUGCGUCAAGUGCAUCAGGGCCAAGCACCGUGGUCCGUGCGAUCUGCGCGGCACCGACCAAGAUCGGCAACUCAAAGAGCUGGCUCUUGAGAAUUCCUGGAGGCGCUGUGAAGGAUGUGGCCAUAUGGUGGAGUUAAAAUUUGGAUGCAAUCACAUGACGUAUGUACCCUAUCCAUCUUCUUCGUUGAUACAAGCUAACCAGACCAGUUGCGUGUGCGGGCAUCAGUUCUGCUACAAAUGUGGGUGGGAGUGGAAGACCUGCGGCUGUCCCCAGUACGGGGACAGCUUCGUUCCUGAACGAGUGGAUCCUCGUCGUGAUCCCAAUGAUCCACUUUUUGAUCCCCGACGCGUUUGCCCACAUUCGGAGGGCUGGACUCGACGGCCCGAAGAUACAUCAUGCGCCGGCUGUCAACGCACCAAGACAUAUGCCGUUCUUGAGUGCAAGAAGUGCGGCCUCGUCAUGUGCGGACCAUGCCGCAAAAACGUUGCGGAUUCCAGGGAUGCAGGACAUGUCAUUGAUGGGUUCUGA